UAGGUAUAAACGCCCCACCCGGUAGGCCAGAGAUAACGGGGCUCUCUUUAGAUUAAAACCAACUUAAAACACCACGACGCACGUUUGAGAGGAGUUUAUUCAUAUUCACUGUAGGAGCGCGGACGGACCAUUUAAAGAAGAGGCACAAAUAAAGCCAACCCAACUCCAUGGAUGAGAAAAAGUCCUCUCAUAUGUAUUUUAUUGGCAAGAAAGAUGAUCUCGUUGAGGCUAAGAGAACUCACGUGACACUGGACGGAAGGGAUAUACUCAUUAUAUACCAUCAAAGAGUUUUCUAUGCAAUGGACCUGCAGUGUUACCAUGCUGGCAGUACCUUGUUGAACGGAGAUAUUGAGGAGAUCAACAAGCAGCUCUGCAUUAUAUGUCCAAAGCACAAGUAUAAGAUCACCCUGGCUGAAGGUGAGGGAUUAUACAGGGCCGCCAACCCCGCAGAAAAAGUCAAGCGGUGGUACUCCAAAGGCAUCAAACAGAGAGUACACAAAGUGAUGGAAGUGGACGAAGACAUUUUCGUGACGUUAUCGGAUUGCCCGGGGUAUAUUGAAUCAGACUAUUAUCAGACGGCGAAAGGCAGGGCAGAGCUUAGUAAAGCACAUGACUCAGAUAGCGCACCAGAUGCGGAUGCUGAUGAUUAGUUUAGUUCAGGCAGCCUGCAUGAUGGGACAAAAGAUCCAAAGAGAACUUCGGAAGAAGAGUCUGCAUGAAUACAAGUGCGAUAUGACAUAUCAUGAAUCAGUUUGAUAUAAAUCCCCCUUAUUUUUAAAGUGUCCGGAUUUUACACACACUCUGUACAGUGAGUCAUCAUUGUAAUGCUUUAGGCUAAUAUUCUCAGCCAAACACGUUCAUCGUUGUUGUUGUUUUUUGUACAGUUGAGGGGAAAUAGUAAGCUCAUCAUAAGGAUGAAAACGAGGUUUGUUCAAAUCUGACAUUGGACUGUGAGCGUACAAAAGUGGUAGUUUUUUAUUUUUGUCAUUAACAAAUGUUCAUUUGUAAGCACCAGUAUUCCCAAACUAAACUAAUAAAAGACUUCCAAAAUAAUUUUGGUAGUUUAAUAUUGUAUAAUUUGAAAUGUUAACAAAAACAUUUUAAGGUGGUUAAAAGGAUCUUUUCAGUGAUGCUUUUUGAAACCCCUUUAUUUUAUAAACUUUAAGUGCAAUGUAUUUUUAAAGGGGCCAUGUCACAAGGCUUUUUAAAAUGUAAAAUACAUCUUUGGUGUUUCCAGAGUACACAUGUUUUAGCUCAAAAUACCAUAUAGAUAAUUUAUUAUAACAUGUUAAAAUUGACACUUUGUAGGUGUGUGCAAAAAUGUGGCGUUUUGGGUGUGUCCUUUAAAAUGCAAAUGAGCUGAUGAAUUUCAAACACUGAUCGCAAUAAUGAUGGUGGUUUGUUGGAAUUGAAACUCAAUUGUGCUGUGAAUUAUUUUCUCUCUGCACUGACUGGCUGUGCCGUGGUUGAAUAGUGCAGAUUAAGGGUUGGUAUUAUUAUAAUAAGAUAUCCUUAUUACAUCAUCAAAUUUCAAUAACCUAAUUUUUUAAGUGCUUGCAGAGAAUGGUUUACCAAAACUAAGUUAUUGGGUUGAUUUUUUUCACAUUUUCUAUGUUGAC